AUGUAUCUUCCUAUGGAUGUGUGUGAGGUCGAACCUGGUCAGCCCGUUGGAACCAAGCUCUCCCCUAAUCAAACAUCUGAUAUGCUCAAGUUUGCUGUGAUGGGUCGCAAGCCUGCGCAGAACGCUCAGUCCAUUGUGACCAAGGGAGUGGGCAUGUUAGGUCUUGGCGAGCCGUUGAGUGCCACUUUGGCUGCCUUUGGUGUCCGCGUUGACAACAACCUCAUUACUGUCCAGGGUCGCGUUCUGGUGCCUCCGAAGAUUCUCUAUGCUAAGCAGAGAGAGGUGCCGACCACGGCAGGCUCCUGGAACAUGAGAGCCAUUCAAUUUUCAAAGGCAGCGUCGUUGAAGAACUGGACGUAUAUGUAUCUCACGACCGAUCGCUCCCGUACAUACUGGCAAAACGAUCAUCAGAUGAUGGAGUCUCUGAAGAAAUUCACGUCGGUACUCCGAAACAUGGGUAUCGAUGCCGAGCUACCUAAGGAAGGCCAAUGUCUCGUUCUCAAUGGCAGAAACGAUGCCGAGGUCAUCGAGAAGUCCGUUCGUGAACUGCAAGGUCUUUAUAAGCCUUCCUUGAUCCUGGGUGUUUUCCCUGGCAAGGAUACCACCCUUUACAAUACGGUCAAGCAGGUCUGCGAUGUUCGUUGUGGUGUUCGCAAUGUCAAUGUGCAAGCUGAAAAGCUCGCUGAGGCACAGGACCAGUACUGUGCCAACGUUGGCCUGAAGAUCAACUUGAAGCUCGGCGGAGGAAAUCAAACUCUGAAAAACUCCGACCUCGGUCUAUUUGGGAAUGGUAAAACGAUGCUCGUCGGCCUCGAUGUCACUCACCCCUCGCCUGGCUCCGUAGGUAGCGCGCCUAGUGUCGCAGCAAUCGUGGCAUCGGUUGAUUCUGCGCUCGCACAGUGGCCCGCCGAGGUUCGCAUCCAGGAGAAGCGCCAAGAGAUGAUUCAGGAUCUCGAUGCACUUAUGCAGUCCCGGCUCAAGCUUUGGGCCAAAUUCAAUAAGAACAAGUAUCCAGAGAACAUCGUCGUCUACCGCGACGGUGUCUCUGAAGGCCAGUACGAUCUUGUCAUCGAAAAGGAACUUCCACUCCUCAAGCGCGCCUGUGAAGCCGUCUACCCGGCCUCUGAAACCAAGCGCGGUCUCCCAGCUAUGUCCAUCAUCAUCGUCGGCAAGCGCCACAACACUCGCUUCUACCCGACCACCGAUGCUGACGCUGAUCGUUCUGCAAACCCAAUGCCGGGUACUGUUGUUGACCGUGGUAUCUCUGAGUCCAAGCACUGGGACUUCUUCUUGCAGGCCCACUCCGCACUUCAGGGAACUGCCCGCCCGGCCCACUACUUCACUGUCUGGGAUGAGAUUUUCUCCCCCCAGCAUCCGGGUGGCAGUGGGGCCCGAGGCGCAGCUGAUGUUCUUCAGGACCUGACGCAUAAGAUGUGCUACCUCUUCGGUCGCGCGACGAAAGCUGUCAGCGUCUGCCCGCCUGCGUACUAUGCGGAUUUGGUCUGCACACGUGCGCGAUGCUACCUCAGUGACCUGUUCGAUCCGAGUAUGGCUUCAUCACCGGAGGCGAGUGUUGCUGGGACCGAAGGGCGUGGACAGCCUGAUUUUGAGAAUGUCACUGUUCAUCCCAAUGUGAAGGAUACUAUGUUUUACAUCUGA